GGACCAUGGGACAUCUAUUCUUUAUACAUGUCUAUGGUAGAAACGGUGAAGGUCUGGUUUUGUUGGACAUCAUCGAUGAGGACUUGAUUCUUUAGUUCCUGUGAAGCUCCUCAGCCUUGCUGGUGUGUAAAUAUGGCCGAGCUGAGCUCCAACACGCAGGUGCUGACUCCUCAUGUGUACUGGGCUCAGCGGCACCGAGAGAUUUAUCUCCGGGUGGAGCUGAGCGAUGCAAAGAAUGUCAACAUCAGUCUUCAAGAAAACAACACGCUACACUUCAGAGCGCAGGGUCAUGGAGCUAAAGGGGACAAUGAGUACAAGUUCACUUUGGAGUUCCUGGAACCUGUUAGACCCGAGAUCUACCAUAAGUCCACUCAGCGUCAGGUGGACGUUAAGAUCAGAAAGCAGGAGGAGCGCUGGUGGGACCGGCUGACGCUGCAGGAGAAGAAGCCUCUGUUUCUGGCUCCCGACUUCGACCGCUGGCUGGACGAGUCUGACGCUGAGAUGGAGCUGCAGGCCAAGGAGGAAGAAAGGCUGAAUAAAAUCAGCAUCGAGUCGAGACUUCGCGAAGAUCCCUACGUCGGGCUGAAGAAGGGCUACUUGUUUAUGUACAACCUGGUCCAGUUCCUGGGAUUUUCCUGGAUCUUUGUCAACAUGACGGUUCGACUCUUUAUUCUUGGUGAAGACUCGUUCUACGACACGUUCCACACCACAGCUGACAUGAUGUAUUUCUGUCAGAUGAUGGCCGUGCUCGAGGUCAUUAAUCCCUUACUGGGUCUGGUUAAGACUGGGUUCCUCCCUGCACUGAUACAGGUGGCAGGUAGGAACGUUAUUUUGUUCGUAGUCUUCGGCAGCCUGGAGGAGAUGCAGAACAAACCCGUGGUGUUCUUCGUCUUCUACCUGUGGAGCAUCAUUGAGAUCUUCAGAUACCCGUUCUACAUGCUGGCCUGCAUCGGCACAGACUGGCCCAUGCUAACGUGGCUCAGAUAUAACCUGUGGAUCCCCCUGUACCCACUGGGGGUCAUCGCUGAGGCUGUGGCUGUGAUCCAGUCCCUCCCCAUCUUUGACCAGAGCCGUCUGUUCAGCAUCUGGCUUCCAGCUGUGCUGGGACACUCGUUGAGCUUCUCCUACACCCUGCAGCUCUACCUGGUUCUCAUGUUUCUGGGACUCUUCAUUAACAUCAGACACCUCUACAAGCUGAGACAGAGACGGUACCGCCAGAGGAAAAGGAAAGUCCACUGAGCCUCACUGCUCACCCUGAAGCAGGUGUGCUCUUUACCUCCUGUCGCCUGUUUGUUCUGGAGUCCCGUCCCCAUCAGGAACUGAGUCCUGUAAAUCUCCUCUGGACUCGCUCACUGUCCAGUGAAAACUGAAAACACUGGACUAAUGAACUAAUCUGCUUCUGCUUUGAGUCUCACUUUUCACUGUUUAUUAUCUUAAAUACUAAUUAUUUUUAGUCAGAUUUGAAGAGUUACUGGUUUUUAAUUUACAAGAAUGGUSCAUUAUAAUUCAACAAAUGGUUAUAUUUACACAAAAAAGCAAAACCCAUCGAGAACACUUGGAAUAGACGAGAUAGUUAUUUUAAUUUGUUGUAAAUCAGAUUCCUGAUGUUGGAAACACUCUGACCCUCAGUUUAAAGUCGGUUCUGGAUUCAGAUACAGAAAACUGUAGAUUCAGGACUGAAUGUCUGCAGAAAAAACAUUUUAAAACAGGAAGUUUACACUUUAUAAAAAGACUGAAUCCAUUUUUCUCAGUUUGUCAUUAAAUCAGGUCAGGUAGGAUUGACAAAAUUAUUUCCAUUUGUUAAAUAAAUAAAAGGAGAUAUGUGAA